UGAAAAUUAUUUCAAAAUAACUAAUAAGUACCUACUUAAAAAAUGAAACCAAAAAUGAUAAAAACCAAAUGCUAUAUUAAACAUGGUGACAAGUAUUUGUGUAAAUAUUGUGAAAAAAGUUACAAGGAAAAUGUUACAAGAAUGGCUCUACAUAUAAAAAAAGAAUGUACAAAAGUACCAAAACAUAUAUUGGACAACUUUUCAUCAAAGUAUUUACGUAAGUAGCUCAUCAAUUUCACAUACCUAAUAAUAAAUAAUUUAUAAAAACCUUUGAACUAUUCUUAAAAUAUUAUCUUUUUUAUAUUUAUUAGGUACUUAUGUUGAAAAACCUAAUGAGGAAAAUAGCUGCAGUAAUUUGACCAAUUCGACAUGCACACUGACACCACCUGAAGUUGAUACCGAAAACUCAAAAGUGUCUUGCCAACAAAGUGUAUUAAACUUUGUUGAUACUAUGAGCAAUGAAGAAAAGUUGCGUCUGGAUGAGUUAAUGGCAAGAGCUAUAUUUUCUUCUACUGUACCAUUUUCAAUUGUAGAAAACACUCAUUGGAUUAAUUUUUUUAAGGCUCUAAGGCCAAGUUACACACCUCCUUCACGUUAUGUCUUAUCCAAAAGACUUUUAAAUAAUGAGUAUGAAAGAAUUAGCUGUGAAGUCAACAAUAAGAUUAAAAACAGUAAAGUUUAUGGAAUUCAAAUUGAUGGUUGGAGUAAUAUAAGAAAUGAGUCCAUAAUGAAUAUCAUAGUUACUACUCCAAAACCAUUUGUAUUUAAAACAAUAGAUUGUAACACAGAGCGUCAUACAGGGGAAUAUAUUGCUACUGAACUGGGUAAAGUGAUUGAUGAUUUGGAUAGAAAUAAAUGUCUUGGAGUUGUUACAGAUAAUGCAUCAUCCAUGAAAAAAGCAUGGAUACUUUUACAAAAAGAUGACCGUUACAAAAAUUUACCAAUUGCAUUUUAUUCAUGUAUUUGUCACACUUUAAAUCUUUUGAUAGCUGAUAUAAUUAAAUUAAAAUCAUGUAUGGAAAUUGAAAAAAAAUCUAAAAACAUAGUCAAAAAUAUAAUUAGCAGUCAUAUUCUUAAAGCCAACUUUACAAACAUUCAAAAAACAAAAAAAAUUGACUGUUCCUUAAAACUACCAGUUAAAACAAGAUGGGGUUCACUUUGUAUAUGCUUAAAGAGUCUUCAUAAAAAUAAAAAUGUACUACAACAGCUAUCUGUCUCUGAAGAUUUAAGUGUCAUUGAAAGACUUGACAAAAGUGUAAAACAAAGUAUUUUAUCAGAUGAAUUCUGGGAGCUUGUUGAAAGUAUUAUUACUCUAAUUAGUCCAAUCACUAUUUGGAUAACAAAAUUAGAGUCUGAUAUACCAAGGUUGUCUGAUGUUCCGGCUGCUUUGAAUGAUAUAAAAAACAAUGUUAUGUUGCAAAUGUCUACUUCUCCUUUACUCUUAGAAGAACAAAAUAUUUUAAAUGAAGCAUUUGAUAAACGUUAUGAUAUGGCUAUUCAUCCGAUUCAUUAUGCAGCAAACGUCUUAGACCCAAAAUAUCAAGGGAAAGAUUUACCUCAAGGAUGUGAUGUAGAGGGAAUUGUUUAUAUACAAAAAGUUGCUGAUAAAUUAUUAACACCAAAUGAAUAUAACAAGAUAAUAAUUGAACUAGCUGAGUAUCGUUCACACGAAGGAUUAUGGGCUAAAGAUAUCCUAUGGAACAAUAUUGAUGAUAUUGAAGCACGCAUCUGGUGGAAUGGCCUUUGUUCAAACACAAGUCUAUCAAAAGUAGCAUCUGCUAUUCUUUCCUUGCCUGCAUCCUCAGCAGCUACAGAGCGUUCUUUUAGCUCUUAUUCACUCAUCCAUACUAAAAGGAGAAAUCGCCUCACAAAUUUAACAGCCAAAAAGUUACUAUUUAUUUAUGAACAUAUAAAUAAUCUAGACCUGGAAGUGUCAAAACACUCAAAACCGGUAAAAAGUGUACAAACAAACCAAGAAUCUUUAACCAUUAACAAUGACGAUGAUGAGGGUUCUUGUAGUUAUCAGGCUUGUAGUUCUAGUAGUGAAAACGAGGAAGAAUAUUACAAUACUGAUGACAUAGUAGUAGAGUCUGAAGGAGAUCAGUAUGGUGAAACAGAUUCAAGUGAUGAUGAUUUUUUUAACUCCAUUAAACCUACUCUUGCUUAAGUAAAUAUAUGUUCCAAACUUAAAUUAAAUUUUUUAUUAUUAUUAUGUAUUAGGUACUGUAUAAGUCUGCAGACAGUUUUGUUAUUGAUUUAAGUUUUCUUGUUUU